UCUAGGGAAGAGGUUCGAGUUACGUUUUACUUUUCACCAAAUCCCAGUCUCGAUUUUCUGGAGUUUUAGAGAUGAACAAAGGAAGAAUGAAUCUGAAACAAGUGGAUUUCAAGCUUAAGCAAUGUCAGAGUAUUGCCCAGGUCGUCUCUUCCGACCAAAUUGAGAUAAUGGAGGCAAAAGUAGACAACUCAUCAACAUUGUUUAAACUGAAGAAAAGAAGAUCAAGUCCUUUGAUAAUGGGCUCUUUUUUGGGUCUAGCUCUCACCCAACAAAACAGAAUAAAAAGAAGAAGAAGAACAAAAAAAACAACCAGAAUAACAAGAAGAAGCAGAGAUACGUCCGAGAUUCCUCUGGAUCUAUUGAUUGAGAUUCUUUGUAGACUGCCAGGAAAGUACUUGGCGAGGUUCAAGUGCGUCUCAAAGCAGUGGUCAUCCCUCAUCUCUCCUCGAUAUUUUUGCGAGCUUUUAUUUACCACCACACGAGGAAAACAACAACCACAUCUGUACAUGUGUUUGGUGGAUGACGACGAGAAAAGUGCACUGCUGUCCAUGUCAGCAACGUCUCCAGACAACACUUGUUUUGUGGUCGACCAAGAUUUGAGCAUCCCAGCGAUGGGAGGCUACUUCUUGAAUAUUUUCCACGGCUUGAUCUGUUUCACAGUGAGAAAAAAGGCUUGUGUAUACAACCCCAGCACAGGACAUCGCUUGACCUUACCCAUGAUAAAACCCGACAUCAGAGCCGAUCGAGGUCAGGUUAUGUAUAUUAAGCGGCACUAUAUGGGAUACGACCCUGUUGAUAAUAAACACAAACUAUUAUGCACAAUUGUUAUGUACCGCGACCGUUUGUUUAAUCUGAAAUCAGAGCACUGGGUGUUCGUGCUAGAAGCUGGAGGUUCUUGGAAAAAGGUUGUUCCCCAUGAGAUUUAUCGUCCUCAUGCCCCAUUCGCAGUUGGACAGUACUGUAUCAGUGCAUCAGUAGUACAUUAUCUGGCGUGGCAUGAUAUGUACACUUGCGCGAUUGUGAGUUUCGACUUCAGGUCUGAAGAGUUAACUACCAUCAUAGCACCUGAUGAUGUCAGGGCUAAUAUGUCCAUUCCUGCACUUGAGAUGAAGGCAGAUCUUAUAGAGUAUGGUGGAAAAGUAGCUAUUUUUGAACAUAGCAACCUAAAAAUUGAGGGUAUGGUGGUAUUAUGGGUAUUGGAAGAUGCUGAGAAAAAGGAAUGGUCCAAGAGGAGUCUGGUUUUGCAGCCUUGUCAGAGGCAUUUAGUCCAGUACACUGAGUUUAUUGUAAAAGGCACAACUCGAGACGGCAAGGUUAUCUUGGCACCCUUUGAGAUGCAUUAUGGGUUCUAUAUUUUGUGUUAUGAUUUGGGAAGUAAUGGCUUGAGUAAGGUCGAUAUCAAAGGAGUACCACACCGUUGGUUUGACAAAGAAUGCUAUUUUGACUUGAGGUUGAUGGAUGAGAAUGAGAGCCUCUUCUACUUGGAAACUUGAGCACUAGAUUUUUUUACUAUAUAUUUUUGUUUUGAAUAAAUUUUGGCAUUAGAAUAAAUAUAACUAAUAUGCCAAUAAAAACCAUAUAGUUUUCCCUUUUUAAUCUCUUUUAGCAUAUUUAAUUUAAUUCAAUAAUCCUUGUUAUCUUUGUACUUGUUAUCUUUGUACGCCUGAACUUACUUAAAGGAGAACAAAUUAAGAUUUUCACUAUA